AUGGCAGGCGAUUAUGCUCAAUUUUUAAAACGCUUAUUUGAUUUGGAUCAAGAUCAUAUAAGUCAAGAACAAAUAACAAAACUCAAUUCGAUUUUUGAUCAAUAUGAAUGUCAACCAGAUGAACUUAAAAAUAUCUCUCAGUUGUAUUAUACAUUAAGUAAAUGGCUUCGAGCAAUACUUGUAUACACAAAACAACAGCAACAAAUACAAUAA